UGAAAUCGAAAGCAUUUAAUAAGCUCUAAAAUCGGUUGGGGCUUGAAAACUUUGAGUUGUUUCAUUCGCAUAUUUGCCUUUAUUUUUCGCAUUCACAUCCAACAACUUAACAACUCCUCCAACUCUCCAACACCACGAAAAAAAGAAAAAGACAAAAAUAAUAAAAUAAAAUCAGAGACCAGUGGAAGAAAAACCGAACCUUUGAGAAAUUUCCAUCCAGUUCCUGCGAACAGUGAAGAGAGUGAAACAUGGGUAAUCGUUUUAUUUGCAUGACAAAGAAGGAAUCUAAAGAUGUUGGAUCGAGAAGCAAGAGAAUGGGUAGAUCACAGAGGAAGCUGGUGAGUGAGGAAGACCUGCAUCUUCAGGCACUCUCUAUGGCACUUCAACAGCAUCAAUUGUCUCAGAGGUUUGAAGGGUCCAUGUCUAGGAGAAUUGGAACCUCUCGAAGGCACGCUGUAUCUGAAUCUUUCUCAGCCAGCAAGCAGGUUCCAGUAAAUCUGGAUAACAUUAAAAUAAAGAAGUUUGUAUUAAUCCAUGGUGAAGGUUUUGGAGCAUGGUGUUGGUACAAGACUGUUGCCCUUCUAGAAGAAGCGGGACUUCUUCCUCUUGCCUUAGAUCUUACAGGUUCUGGAAUUGAUCUCACUGACACUAACAGUGUCACUACAUUGGCAGAGUAUUCAAAACCUUUAACUGUUUAUCUUGAAAAUCUUCCUGAGGAUGAAAAGGUUGUUCUUGUUGGUCAUAGCAUUGGUGGUGCUUGCAUUUCUUACGCAUUGGAACAUUAUCCACAAAAGAUCUCAAAAGCAAUUUUCCUUUGUGCUACAAUGGUGUCUGAUAGCCAAAAACCUUUUGAUGUUUUUGCUAAUGAGCUAGGAUCUGCUGAACGUUUUAUGCAAGAAUCAAAGUUUUUGAUCCAUGGAAAUGGUAAAGAAAAGCCCCCAACAGGAUUUAUGUUUGAGAAAGAGCAGAUGAAAGGGUUGUAUUUUAACCAGUCCCCAGCAAAGGAUGUUGCUUUAGCCAUGGUUUCCAUGAGACAUAGUCCGCUUGGUCCAAUCCUGGAGAAGCUGUCUUUAUCUCCUGACAAAUAUGGCAUUGGUCGCCGCUUUUACAUUCAAACGUUGGAUGAUCGUGCACUUUCACCAGAUGUGCAAGAGAAGCUUGUCAGAGAAAAUCCACCUGAAGGAGUUUUCAAGAUCAAAGGCAGUGACCACUGUCCAUUCUUCUCCAAACCACAAUCUCUCCACAAAAUAUUGUUGGAAAUAGCUCAAAUUCCAUAGCUUAACUGUCAAUUUGAUUUUUCUUAUCUUUCUACCUCCAAGGAUUACGAAAUUAUAGAGUUAAUAUGGCUUUGCUAUAUUGACCAUCAUAUAGGAAGCCCAAUUGGGAGAAGUAUUUUUAUUAUUUUUUAUAAUCUUGAAAUAUAAUAGAGGAAGGGAGGAGAAUGAUUUCAUUGCCUUUAAGACAACAGUAUUAUUCAAUUAGUAAGUGACUUCUGUAAGCCUUGGUUCAAUUUUUUUUUUCCGGUUCAUGUGUAUAGUAAUAUUAAGCUUUGUACUUUAAAUUUUGGCUUUGACAACUAACUUUUAUUGUUCUUUCAAUAUUAGAGUAAAAGUGCU